AGUUUGGAUUGCAAAUACCGAACCCAAAAAUUAAUUUCUGCUACUCUCAGGAAUUCAUACGGAUGCAGAUCCCUGUGAUUUCUCCAGAUUAGAAGAAAACAAGGGGAUUUCAUGCCCUUGGGAGCUUCUUUAUCCUCUUUUCUCCCACUUUCUCUGAAGAAGAAGCAGAAGAAGAAAAUCCCAAAGAAAUACUAACGCCCAGCUUCAAAAUGAACACUAGAAGUGGGAGCAACCUUAAUUCUCUAUUGUACUCCGUCUUUCUCUUCUCACUCUUGAUUACCCACCUCUCUUUCUCUCAUGUUCUCGCCGAUUCACACUUCGAAGGCUUCGACGCCGAGGACGAUGAUGCCGCAGAGGAGGAAACCUUGGACCCCAACUUGCUCCGAUCUCCUCCCGUAACUCAAUCCCAGUCGUCUUCGAUCAUCCCAGAUGCUAAAUCUGAAAUCAGUUCGGAUCUGGAACCUAGGGAGGAUCCCGAUGUGGAUACUCCUUUGCAACCCCAAUUGGAUCUUCCGAAGCAAACUACGACUAGCUUUGAGUAUUGGGAUGAGGAUGAAUUCGAGGGUCUGCCCGUUCAACAGCCGCCUGUUGAAGCCCAGAAAGUUGUUGAAAAUGCGACUUCUGAGGACCCAGAUGUGAAAACGGCCCAAAAACCAGGGGAGGAUGCUGCCUCGAGGAAAUCGUUUACGGUGGAGAUUGUUUGUGGGUCUUUCUUGAUUGCUUUUGCCAUAAAUUACUUCACUGGAAAACGAGAGAACGAGAAUCUUGCGCUGGCAUGGGCUACGAAAUUUGCAACGAAAGACUCGAUUUUUGAGAAAAAUUUCAGUCUUUUGGGUGUUGGCGAAGAGGAUGAUUCACCGCUGCUGCUGAAAGAGGGGCAGAACGUGUUUAAAUUUUAUGCGAGUGGGCGAAGAUACUGUCAGGGUUUGCUGGCAACAAUUGAGUUGAAGAGCAGACAUGAUUUGAUAUCAAGAUUGUUCAAUUUGGUGGUACCGUGUAGGGAUGAGAUAAGUUUUGAAGUGUACAUGAAUGAUGAUGCGAUGGACCAAGUAGUUUUUGCGCUGGCAAGGAAAAAGCUCGCGAAAGGGAUGCAGAAAGAAUUGAGGGACUUACAGAGGUUUGCAAGUUUGAUGACGCCACCCGGCGGCAGGAAGUGGGUGACUGAGGAGCUCACUGUGAUCUCUGAAUCCAAGGAGGUUGCUAGCGACUUGAUCACAGAGGCUGUGCUUGAGCAGGUUUUUGGUGAAAAAGCUUUUGAGAAGUAUGGAAAGGACUUCAUUUCGAUGCAUAUCUCAGAUCAGCUUCCUGGCACACACAAGAAGAUGCUUUUAUUCAAGUUUGCCCUCCCUGACGCUAACCACAUGGCUGACAUGACUACGUUGGUGGCUCUUGUGCCCUACUACAUUGAUCUGAUUGGGCGGUAUAAGCUCAGUUCACAGGCACAUUCUAAAACAGAUGCAGCUAGGUUGAAGGCUGCUCAAGAGGCAUACAAGGAACUUCAAAGCACCAGGCAAGAAGCUUUGCAGAAAAAGAAGGCUGAGAAGAAAAAGAUGCUAGAGGAGUCUGAGGCCAAGCUUAGUGCAGAAGCCAUUCGCAAGAAAGAAGCAAAAGAGCGUGCUCGUCAAUUGAAGAGGGGUAUGCCAAAAAUAAAGAUGACCCGUGCUCACUAGGUUACUGGGUUUCGGUAGUCGGCAUUCUGAGCUUACUCUUAUCAAUCUUUAAUUUCUUGAAACUGUUGCUGAGUCAUGCAUUUCAUAGGUAAUUUUCUGCGAUCACACUGUAUUUUAGUUGUUCCCAUGGCUUAGAUACUCUCCUACAUAUCUGCAUCUUUUUCGGUUGAGUUUUGACUGCACCAAGAAUUAAAGCCUCACAAACCUCUUAAAUUACUCCUUUGGAUUGACAUUUGCAGCCUUAAUUCGAGUAACACUCGCAAUGUCUUGCCAUAAAGCAUUUCUUGUUAUUGCUCUUGAUUUUCCUUGUAAUUGGCAGCUUAUAAAGAUCAAAGCAUUAUGUCCUUGAUUCCAUGUGACAAUUCCUCUGUAAAUAAUUGCUGCUAAGGAGAGAAAUGAAAUCACCAGAAAAAU